AUGGCCCAGCGGGAGCAGCUCAGCCUUCACUGGGAGCCCGCAGCUGUCCCUGCAGAGCCCGGGCUGGGCUGUGCCCGCGGUCCCAGCGCACACGCCGUGCCAGGCGAGACGGGUGCAGGGGCUGUGCCCUCCAACCCCUCCAGCGGGACGGGCUGUCCCCACAGCGCCCUUGGGAACCCGCCCGGCUCCACACACCGGGCUGCGCUCCCGCUCCCGUGCCCGGGACAGCGGCUGUGCGGACUUGUUGCUGCCGCUGCCCCCGCCCGCCGCUCCCGGCCGAGCUCCUGUGCAGAAUCAGUGACACCAGAGUCGGUUUCUCCUUAUGUUUUAUAUUCCUUUUCCUCCUGCAGCUCCUGGCUGCCCCAGAGGGUCCCGCUCCGAGGGAAUCACUGGCAGAGCUCAUUGCUGGAACUCAGGACAUCCCUCCCUGUGAGAGCACAGCCAAAGAAGAAGAAGAAAGUGGAUGUGAAGAAAGAGCAAGCACAGAAGGARCGUAUGAAGAAGAAGAUUAAAAAGUUAGAAAAAGCUGCCCCAGAACUUAUUCCAAUUGAGGAUUUUAUAACACCACUGAAGUACUCAGAAAGCAACAGGGUGCGGAGUCUUCCCGCUCUUUCUCCUGAAGAGUCUGAGAGAAGAGUUUUACUCCUGAAGAAGUGGUGCGUGUUUAAGCAGAAACAAGAUGAAGCAGAAAAGAAAGCAAUUAAGGCCCUUGUGGAAUCACAGCAAGAGGCACUGCAGGAACUGCGCCUGGAAUCCGAGGAGCUGUACCAGGCAGCAAUCMGGAGGGAUGAGGGGCUUCUCCCCUUCGAGAGGGAUGGACCCAGUUACACCCCUCCCCUUCCUGGCUACGACCCCCCUGAAGGAAAGUGCGUGGACAUCACCAAGGUGUACACRCAGUGAUGGAGGAGCUCCUGGUUCAGCUGCCAGGAGGUGCUCAGCUGACUGCAGGAAGAGUGGAGUAAGAAUAAACAAUGCUUCCUGCAGGUUACAACACUGCAGGGUGUGACUGUAAAAAAAAAAUAA